AAACAAGCGCAAGUGUCAGUUUUGUUUCCUAUUCUGUAAAGAACGGUGCAUUGAUAUCUGCCGUGGAAAGCUCCGCCAGUGGAAGCAGAAGAAAACGCCAUUCAGUGGUGCCUUUGUGUGAGUGAACAGUGCUCGAGAGCCUAAUGUAGAAGUUUUUGUAAAGAGGAAAUCAUAUUUGCUUCCAGAUCAAACGAUAUUUUUACGACAGUUAGUGUUAGUGAGAACGAUAGAAUAAACCAAGUGAAGAAUCAAAGAAAUUAAGUGCCUAAACAACAGAUUAAUUAUUAGCAAAAAUCUAUCAGGCAUCGAAUUGGAAUCAUUUUAAACACAAACCAGAAACCCCCCGGGACACCAAGCACUCCCAUUCUAUGAACUGCGGCCUUCGUCUCAACUGCCCGCCCACAGCUUCGGAUCGAUCUUGGACCACUUGGGUUCUCCAUGGUGAUCACGCAAUUGAUCUCCCUCUGUGCCGUCUUCGUGUCAGCGACAGUGCUCCAGUAUUCAACCACGAUCAGCAGAAGCAGCGUACAGGCGGGAAAGAAUAGUUAAUUGGGAAUACGCGCAGAGCCGUCCGACAUCCCGACCGCCCGCCUACCAACAGAAAUGGUCAAGUAUUGAUUCGUGCGUUAGGGAGACAAACAAUCGAAACUCUUGGAGUAAAUCAUUGAUCAUCACAACACAAAUCACACAUCUUACCUCGCGCUAGUGGAAGAAAAGGUAGCCAGUGAGCAUCCCGUGACCCCGCGUGUGUGUGCACGUGUGUUUGUGUCGGCACGAUAGUUCAAGGGACGAGAAUAGAGAGAGAAAAAACACCACCUUCUUCAGAGGAGGAGAAGAUCUGGACUCUGUCGAAAGCAAAACAGUAACGAUGUUAAAGUUUAUACGCGGAAAAGGUCAACAGCCUUCAGCUGAACGGCAGAAGCUGCAGAAGGAGUUGUUUGCAUUCCGGAGGACUGCACAGCAUGGCUUCCCGCACAAACCAUCGGCGCUGGCGUACGAUCCGACGAGCAAGCUGAUGGCGAUCGGCACUAACAGUGGCAUAAUCAAGGUUUUCGGGAAACCCGGUGUCGAAUUCUACGGACAGCAUCCGGCAACGACCAAUGCUUCGGAUUCGAUCGUCCAGCUGCUGGAGUGGAUCCCCGGGAGCGGUCGGUUGCUAUCGUUGACUGCCUCGAACCAGCUGAUUCUGUGGGAACCAGCCGGGGCAAUGCUCGUGCCAAUCAAGACGCUCCCAUUCGAUGGUAAACUCAAGAAGAUUUCAUCUCUGUGCUGUUCGUACAUGACCGAUACGGUUUGGAUUGGAACGGAAGGCGGAAAUGUGUAUCAGUUCGAUAUCAAGAGUUUUUCCGUGCGAGAGCCGGUCAUCUAUCACGAUGUGGUUCUGGAGCAGCUCCCACAAUCGUACAAGUUAAAUCCCGGAGCGAUCGAAUCGGUUAAGCAGCUGCCACAUAACCACAAUCAGCUGUUAAUCGCGUACAAUCGAGGGCUGGUGGUACUGUGGGAUUUGGAGGCGAGUAACGUGAAGCAAUCGUUCAUUUCCCCUGGCCACGGACAAAGUGUUGGAUUGUUUAUUUCCCCAUGUGGAACCCAAUUCACGUGGUAUCACGCCGACGGAUCGUUCGCCACCUGGGACCUGGACAGUCCGAUUCCUCCGGAAAAUCAAAAGUACGUGCCAUAUGGUCCGGAUCCGUGCAAGGCAAUCGAUCGCUUGAUUCGUGGAAAGCGUGGACUUUGCGAGCUAGUGGUUUUCUCUGGUGGCAUGCCGCGGUCUGCAUACGGAGAGCAUCAGUGUGUCUCUGUGCACUGCCGAGACGGAACAAAAGUGGCGUUUGAUUUCACCUCUAAGGUGAUCGAUUUCUUUGUCACCUUCAACGACGAACGUCCGGAGCAAGUCGAAGUUCUCGUCGUGCUACUAGAGGAGGAGCUGGUUGCGUACGAUCUAACAGACGAGACGCUCCCCCAAAUUAACGCACCAUAUCUUCAUUCUCUGCACGCAUCGGCUGUCACUUGUAAUCAUCUGGUUUCCCAACUAUCACCGGAAAUAUACGAGCAGAUCAUGCGCGCCGGUAAAGCCCAGCUAACAGAUUUCAGCGUCAAAUCGUGGCCAAUCACUGGUGGUACGAUUCCCGAAGCCGACGAAGAAGAGCGUACAGAGUACGAUAUUAUGAUCACCGGCCAUGAGGAUGGGUCCGUUAAGUUCUGGAACUGUUCCGAGGUUUGCCUAACACCGCUUUUGCACGUCAAAACUGCCCCACUGUUCAACAACAGUGACGAUUUCGACAAUCACCUAAACAACUCAACCGAACAGUUAGACGAUGGAGAGCCGCCAUUCCGAAAAGCAGGUCAGUUCGAUCCGUACUCUGACGAUCCUCGCCUGGCCGUUAAAAAAGUGCAACUGUGUCCAAAAACCGGUACACUGGUGAUCGCGGGCACCGCCGGUAAUGUUGUGGUGGCAAACUUCGCGGGAACAUCGGAAGAAUCAAGCCCACUCAAGGUUACCACCAUGAAUUUGGUUAGUGAUCGUGAUGGAUUCAUAUGGAAGGGACACGAUCAGCUGAAGGUGAAGCGACAAUUGCUGGAGGAUAAUCAACAAAUUUUGGAAGGCGUCAAUUUCACCGGAGUGCUUCAGAUACUGCCACCGGCUGCUGUGACCUGCAUCGCCGUGCAGAGCCAGUGGAACCUAGUGGCCGCCGGUACAGCCCAUGGGCUGGUGCUUUAUGAUUACCUCAGCCAGAGUCCGGUACUGCAUAAGUGUACUUUGAAUCCGAAUGAUUUGACCGGUGCUGGUGAGACGCUAUCCCGCCGAAAAUCGUUCAAGAAGACACUUCGCGAAUCAUUCCGUCGGUUGCGCAAAGGACGGUCCACUCGGAACAACCGAACCAAUCAGACAACUGCAGUGACAACAGAAACCCGUCCAGUGGAGCGCCAGAUCGAGGCUCGCCCCGUUGAUGACGGAAUGGGUUCGAUGGUUCGUUGCCUUACGUUCGCCCAGACUUAUGUCACCAAUCAGCAGCACACGAUCCCUACCCUCUGGUCGGGAACUAAUUCCAGCUGCGUUUCCGUGUUUGUGUUGCACGUUCCACCCCGACAGCCACCGGUACAGAGCAAUGAAGCUGCCGUGGAUGGAGACGUUCCGCCGCCGAAACCCAUCACAGGACAGCUUGCGAAGGAGAUCCAGCUGAAGCAUCGGGCCCCGGUUAUUGCGAUUGCGGUCUUUGAUCAGCACGGAGUUCCGCUCGAGUUCCAGUCCACGCCGGGUCCAGGACCACACAAGGUACUGAUUGCUUCCGAGGAACAAUUCAAAGUGUUCUCUCUACCACAGUUGAAGCCGGUGAACAAGUACAAGCUAACCGCGCAUGAAGGGGCGAGAGUUCGUCGCAUAGCAUUUGCCACAUUCUCGUGUACAGUGCCAGCGCACCAGCUGCAACCAAGUCCAACAAAGUCCCUAGCCAAGUCUCCGUCAGUAGCUGGUACGGCACCCGCGUCCGCCUCUCCUUCGGCGGAAGCAUUGAACACAAGCACCAACGAUACCACUACCCCCUCCACCCUACCAGAACUCCAAAAGUAUACCGAAAUCAGUUUGCUGUGUUUGACCAAUCUAGGCGAUUGUCUGGUCCUGUCAAUUCCCGAGCUGCGACGUCAGCUGAAUGCAGCGGCUGUGCGAAGAGAAGAUAUCAAUGGUAUUUCCUCGCUUUGCUUCACAAACCACGGUGAAGCCCUAUACAUGAUGUCCUCAUCGGAAGUACAGCGUAUCACACUAUCCACCGCAAAGAUUGUCUCGCCAACCGGUUUCGUCGAUCUGGAAGAUUGGUCCCACGCAGAACGGAACGAUGACGAUACAGGACCAGACACGGAAGAGCCAGUCACACCAGCGGAUGAUACACCUCCGGCCGCCACUGCAGCAGAAGGCGCUACUGGCGUAGGUGCAAAGGAAAAUCCCAUCGAUUUCACGACACCUCUCUCGGUGGCCGUUGUUAGCGCUGUCAACGGAACCGGUGGCGGUGGGGACGGAUUAACCAAUGGCACCUCCUCCAGUGGGGACGAAGCAUCGCCAAACAAGGCAAACGAAACGAUUACCAGCUCGAUCGGAGACAUUACAAUCGAUUCGGUGCGAGACCACCUGAACUCGACGACGACCACCCUCUGUUCGACCACGACCGAGGAGAUUGUGGGACGCCUUUCCGUGCUGAGCACUCAUUCGAACAAUGUGGCCUCGUCAGCCAAAGCGACCGAAAUCACCUCUCUCAAUUCGUCCAACAUCAAGGAUUUGAAACUUGUUGGCGAUUCUACCGAAACGGCUUCCAAUUCUGUGAUCAUCAAAUCGGUCAUCACAACUGUGAAGCACGGCAUCGGUCACGUUAAUGGGGAGCAUAGCACGACGACAACGACGGAAAGCAGCAAAACCAUCACUUCCGGUGGAGCAGGGGGAGGAGCGGGAUUACUCCGGAAAGAGAGCCAGUUUUAAGAUACACACAUUGACAACAUAGAAGAUAGAGAUGGAGUAGAAAAUGCAAACGACGCGCGUAGAUCGACGACAAAACCGCUAACCAUGAGGACGAUAUCGAGAACUGUUGUCGUUGUUUAAGUUUGAGCUAGUUUAUUAAUAUUGUUUUUAUUGCAAAAGACGUUUCCAAGAGGGGUAAGUUAUAUAACAUAGUAAUUUGAGCUUUCUUUUGUAAUAAUCAAACAAGACAAAAAAUGGACGCCCGUUACAGAGUAGAGGAUAUAUUGCCGCUUUGAAAAAAAAGGAAACUGAAACGAAGAAGGAGAAGAGUUAGGCUGUUGCUAUAACCUUAGUUGGAACUAUCAACAGCGUUCAAUCGAAGCAAACACAAACAACAAUCACAGAAGCACUUCUUCCGCGAGACGGUUUUCUUUUAAUUUUAUUUUAGUUCAAACCAGUUGUUUACUAGUUGUGUUAUUAAUCAUUGAUUUGCAGAUUGAAAUACAAAGCAGAGGGAACCACUGAAUGCCUUUCGAAGUUGCCAAGUUUUAAACUUGAGAAUCGUUACAAUCCAUGAUACACAAUAUACACAUCGAACUCCACGAAUCAUAUGGUUGGACCAUUCAAAUUUUGUGGAAUCAACGACAGACAAAUAAUAUAUUCUAUUUAUACAACACUUUUCAAGCGUAAAACUAUAAUAUUAUUCACCCGACAUUAUAACUGUGAAAUUAGUUUACUGUUGUUCACGGUCACUCGCAUCAAGACGUAUUUUACAUACGACGGGAAUUUUUUUGAUAUAUAUAGAGCGUAACGAUUUAUAUUUAUUGCGAGACCACAAGAGGGCCGUUUUUGUAAAACACACAAGAUUUCGGAACAUACUGUACACUCUCCCUUUCAAUCGCGCGCGCGUAGACAGACAUGUACAGACAAGUAUUAUUCGUUUUCUGGUUUCGUCAUUUUAUUCGCUUUCAAAUGUUGUCUACUUAUUGCAAACACAAAAAUAGGCAGGAAACCAAAAGGGAGAAAGCUUCAUAUAAGACGUAAGAAACUGUAUUUAUAUAAUACAUAUGCUAGCCUUAGUCAUAUUUUGGAUGCAAUUUACAUGCGUAAAAAGGAGUACUACGAGCAAACGAGAAGAGCAGAGUUUAUUAAAUAUAAAUGUCUAUUAGGUUUUAGUCAGAUCACACAGAA